UAGCACUAUAACUAGCUUCUUGGAAUCGAAAAAUAUCCCAUAAAACUCACCCGUAGCUUUCACAGCUCAAUCAGACACCACCCACCAUUCACAAAAAUAUACCCUCCCACACACACAAACCACACCCAAUCUACAGAAGAAGAAGAAGAAGAAGAAGAAACAACCAUGUCCACCACAACUCAACAACACCAAGAAUCCCAAGAAUACAACCAUACCCUCCCCAAACCCCCCUACAACCCACUAAUCAACCCCUCCAACACGCGCCCAAUCCUGGCAGACGAUACCCUAUCCCUAAAAUCCCACAUCUUCCUAACCCGCCCGUACAUAUCGACCCUCUUAUUCGAAAACGCCACCUCCGAUGCCCGCGACCACUGCGCCAACGAGCGCACCUUCCUCUCCUGGCUCCGUCUCUCAAUGUACCUCGCCAUCGUGGCCAUCGCCAUCAUAAUCAGUUUCCAUUUCCAGACGCCGCCGACGGGAUUGGAGCGGCGGAUGGCAUUACCGCUAGGGAUCGUGUUCUGGGUGCUGAGUUUGGCGUGUCUCGUGAAUGGGUUUGCGAAUUAUGUGCGGACCGUUAAGAAGUAUAGCCGGAAGGCGGCGCUCGUGCAGAGUGGGUGGAAGACGCAGGUUACGUUUACGGUGGUCGGGACGGUGAUUUUGGGGAGUUGUGUGUUGUUUUUGGCGACGGAUGCUAGUACAACUAACUAACUAACUGGUUGGUUCAUUUGGGAGGGUUUGGUAGGUGGUGGUAAGAUAUGAUUUUAUAAACAAAGCUAAAUGCACACUACAUCGAUAGUAUGGAUACGGCCAUCAAACGCUGCAGGGAAUCAUGUCAGGGGAUAUAAGUAGGGGUACCAUGUACAGGCUGCAGAUGCAAAAGAUCACACACAUCAUCUUCGCCUCAUUUACAUCCUCCGGAUCUGCUGCUCGUU